UGCUCCCCUCCUGGCCCUCCCCCUGUGACUCACUUCCCUCUCCACCCAGUGACCAGAAACCCCAAUUAGUGCACCGCUUCGCUCGCCAUGCUUCGGGCAAGGUUACCGUUCCCAACUGUACUCCACGUGGAUCGUAAAGAAGUCAUGCUGUGGACACCUGUCUUGUAAUCCUGGCAGUUCCUAAUCUGCAGAGAAUAUAACCAGGCAAUGGCUGAUCCGGUAUCUGCAGAUGGAGUCCCUAUAGCCCUUGAGCUCUGUCAUGACUGUGGACAAUCUCACCUGGUAACUGAAAACCACAUCUACAACUUCCAGGACGAGGUAGAUGAUGAGCUGAUCUGCCACAUAUGUCUGCAGCCACUGUUGCAGCCAAUGGACACUCCUUGUGGUCAUACUUACUGUUACAGGUGCCUAAAGAACUUUCUACAUGAGAAGGACUUUUGUCCUAUGGACCGCAAAAAGUUAUGUUUCCAAGACUGUCACAAAUCCAGUCUCCUGGUGAGAAACUUACUGGACAAAUUGAGCAUUAUCUGUCCCUUCCUGGGGGAAUGCAAAGAGGUCAUGCAACGCUGUGAGCUGGAGCCCCACCUACGUAACAGAUGCACAGGCUUCAGGAAGUACAGGGCAACUAGAGAGAAGACUGCUCCUAUGUCUUCAGGAAAAGACUCACGUGAUCCUGAACUCUCCCCAACUAGUGGCAUUGCUGAGGUCCUGGCAGAGUCAUCCCUGGCUGCUGUGGUCGCUCUAGGUACAUCAGAGCCAGGAUUGGUGAACCCGGCCUUUGAUGAAAAUGAUGAUGAUCAUUCUCAUAGGACAAGUCUGGUAGCAGAGACGAGUACAGUGGAGAUACAUCGUGAUGAUCCUGAAGAGGAGCUUGGCAUGCGCAUCGUGGGGGGCAGAGAUACUCCCCUUGGGAAUAUUGUGAUACAGGAUGUGCUCAAAGACUCUUUAAUAUCCACGGAUGGCAGACUUAUGCCGGGGGAUCACAUUCUAGAGGUUAAUGGACUGAACAUCAGCAACGUGUCCCACGGUCAAGCCAUCGCCAUGCUUCGGCAGCCUUCUCCGAUCUUGUACCUCACUGUGCUUCAAGAGAAAGGCUUCUCUCAGAGGUCCCAGCGUGCAGAGGGCAGCACCACCGCCAACCUAAACAAGGAAGUGAUCCAAGUCACUCUGCUGAAACGGGAUCGGACGGAGCCUCUAGGGAUCAAGCUAGUCAGAAAGACAGAGGAGCCUGGGGUCUUUGUCCUGGAUUUGUUAGAUGGCGGCCUGGCUGCAAAGGAUAGAAGACUAAGGUGUAAUGACAAGAUCUUGUCUAUUAAUGGACAUGAUCUCAGGCAGGGGACGCCAGAGACAGCAGCACAAAUUAUCCAGAUGAGUGAGGCGCGGGUGAACUUUGUGGUCCUCAGACAAUGUACGGUACAGCCAAUGGAUGUCAUGGAAGAAGGAACGUCAUCUGGAAGCAGCAGUAGCAAUGGAGGAAGCCCUGUACAUGCACGCAAGAGGCCCAGUGUACGUCCUUCCCGAAGGAAGUCCACAAACCAGAGGGACCAGCAUCAGUUGAGCUCUGGCCUGGAGAAGACGGUCACUUUGAAGAAAGAGCCAAGAGAGUCUCUGGGAAUCACCAUAGGAGGAGGCCGGGAUCAUAGAAAUAAGCUCCCGGUCUAUGUGUCCAGCGUUCAGCAGGUUGGGUGUCUUUACAGAGAUGGCAGAAUAAAGAAAGGUGAUGUGCUACUCGGUAUCAAUGGGACUGACCUGACUUGUCUGAGUUAUUUGGAUGCAGUGACUGCACUAAAGUCAAAUGCUGCCUCCCACACCGUGGUCCUGAAGGUCUUGGAAUUGGCAUCUGUGGAGAGACCAGGAGAAGUCACAGAAGGUGGUGUUGUCGCAAGAGAUCCCGGGGGCAUCUGGUCUCCUCUUUGGGCUCAUUGGCUUGGUCUACCCAGCUCCCUGCACUGGUGUAAGCACAUUUCUUUACGGAAGAGUACCUUGGAAAGCUGGGGGUUCAGUAUUGUUGGAGGCUACGAAGAGACCAAGGGAAAUCAACCUUUCUUUAUCAAAACCAUAGUGCCGGCUACACCAGCCUUUUUUGAUGGCAGAUUGAAGUGCGGAGAUGAGAUUGUUGAAGUGAAUGCUGUGUCUGCCAUAGGAAUGAGUAAUGCAGAGCUGAUCCCUAUGCUGAAAGAGCAGAAGAACAGGGUCACCCUGACGGUGGUCUCUUGGCCCGGGAGUCUUGUGUGACUGUCGGAACGUGCACACUUUCUCUGAGCCUUUUGCAAGACCUCGUGGAAUCAAUAGAACUCUUGCAAUUUCCUUAUGAAGUAAAAAGUGUAAUGUAAUUGCUGAUCUCUUUUAUUCUUUCCAGGAUUAGGGAUUUAAAAUGUAGAUACUUUUAUUAUAAACUGAAAGCCUAAAAUAUUCGGCUCUAGCCUUGGGAGCUGAUCGGUACAGCAUUUUAUACCACACUCCAUUGUGGAGUAAUAACAACAGUUAUUGAGGGAAAACCGACCUGGUUCUGAUAUUCCCUCAGGGAGAAUAUUAGUCGCUGCUUUCUGGACAAUACACAAUAUGAUUUACCUAAUGAUCUUCUUUUAUUUUAAAAUGAAGUUUGCUGUUACAUAGCAUUGGUGUUUCACAUUAUCGUAUAUAAUGUUGCCUUUUAUAUUGACAUUACCUAAAUCUAAUCAAGGACCCUCUAUUAUAUAUUGGGGAAGUCAGUUUGUCCAGUAUAGCUCUAAUCAACUGAUAACAUACUGUAUAAUGCAAAAUAGUAAUUCAAAUAAUUACCAGCAACGGUAACGGUAUCUUCUGGUCACACUAGAACACAACGUUCCAUCUAUAAAUAUACAGUGAUUGUACACUGGAUCAUCUAAUGGAAAAUUCUUAUGUUAAGGAUAUUUAAAAUGACACUUGGCCAAAUAUCCUGUCAUAAUUCUUUCUCUAAACUGUAGAUAAAUGUAAAUGCCUUGAAUCCACUAGUUGGGUUAGUAACCUCGUGUGAGGACCCUCUGGCUUUGAUUAGACUUUUUCUUUUAUAAAGCUGUGAGUCUGAUGGAGGCUGAAUUCUCAAGUAACUGCAUAAUUUAUGAUAUGAAGUAAUAAAAGUUGCUAGUAAAAAUGUAAGUUUUGCAAAUUGUGAAGUCUGUAAUUGUUUAAUUAAAGUUAUCAGCUGCAGACUGGUCCUGAUUCACAAAUACUCCGUUCUGGAAAAGUAAGUUAAUAGAUAUCUGAUUUUGUACAAUUGUGAAAUAAAGUAUGCAUAGAAUGCUUCUACUUGUUUGUUUUUUAAA